UCCUUUCUUUUUUUUUUUUUUUUUUGGGUGACAAAACGUAUAACAUGGGAAAUCAAAUAUCAAAAAAACGAAAACGAAUGAAAAGAGGUGCUGUGUCUAUUACAGAUACUUCUCGGUCAUCCUUUAGUGACCAAACAAAGUCGUCAAGUCAAUCAGACCACUAUUUUAACCAAUCACAAUACAAUGCUGAACAACUUCUAGAACUUCAUUAUCUUUUCAAACAUGUCUUUCAACGCAACUUGAUCGCCCCUGUGGAAAAUGUAUUGAACGUGCCUGGAGCACAAUGUCUUGAUAUUGGAUGUGGUCCUACUGCAACUUGGUUGAUAGAUAUGGCGGCUGAAUUCCCAAAUGCAAAUUUCACAGGAAUUGAUAUACAAGAAGUAAAUCCAGUAGCAAAUCCAAUAUCUCCACCAUCCGCCUUACCAGGACAACUACCAAGCAAUUGUCAAUUCAAAAGAAUCGAUGUAUUACUGGAUAUUGGAUUACCACUUGCUUCUUUUGAUCAUAUUUACCAACGAUUCAUGUUUAACGUCUAUAGAAUGGAUGCUUUUAGGCAAUCUAAAUUCCUAGAAUUGGUCGAUUUAUUGAAACCUGGUGGAUAUAUUGAAUUGAUUGAACCUGAUAUGAUACCCAGACAAGUUGGUCCAAAAUAUUCUCGUUUAGCUAGUGCUGUGUCUGAUAUGAUCACGUCAAAUAAAAAAUCAUUAUACCAUGGACCCGUGAUCAAGCAAUGCUUAUUGGAUGCUGGCUUAGAAGAUGUACAAGGGGAUUAUAUUUCUAUACCAAUAUGCUGGGGUGGAUAUGUAGGCAAAAUGCUUUACGAGUCUAUUGUCUGUGUCGUGGGCCAACUUGGAGAAGUUUUAUGGCCAUGUUUAGAAUUAGAAGGAGAUUAUGAUGAAAUGAUUUAUAACAAAUUUUUAGAUAGUGCAUUUGAUGAAUGUGUAGAAUAUAAAACUUAUGUUAAUUUUCAUUGGGCUUAUGGUAGAAAAUCUUCAAUGGCAAAUAAAGAAAGCUAGU